ACAGCGCAUGCGCACAUCGCAGUUUGUCUGCGUGUCAUGUUGAUGAAUGCUGAAACUGGGUAGUCAACAUGUCCACCGCUGCUGCUCAACGGAACAAUAACGAGGAGCCCGGGCUUCACGGCUCUUGGGUAGAGCUGGAGCUGAAUGGAAACCAAGGGGCCCAGGGCGCGCAGACCGACCCGCCAAUGACACCCGCUGCAGACCAAAUAAACGCGAAUGCUGGCAUGAGUGAAACUUUGCAGACCUUGGAAGUGGUGUCUGAGAGCGAUGAGACCCUGAUUGGGGGGCUCGAGCAUGUGCCGUCGUCCUCUUCGAUCCACAACGGGGACAUGGAGAAGAUCCUCCUGGACGCGCAGCAUGAGUCCAGCCCGAGUAGCUCUUCCUGUGAUAGUCCUCACAGGCCACCGAGUCCAGAUCAGGAUGAGGGUCAGAUAAUGUUUGAUGUGGAGAUGCCCAGCUCAAGAGAUAGUCAGUCAGAGGAAGAAGGUCCAGAGCAGGACAGAGAGGAAGACAUCCUGCUCAAUAAAGAAGUAGACUGGGUCUCUGAUUGGUCCAGCAGACCAGAAAACAUUCCACCAAAGGAGUUCCACUUCAGGCACCCCCGACGUUCGGUAUCUCUCAGUAUGAGAAAGAGUGGAGUCAUGAAGAAAGGUGGCAUCUUCUCUGCUGAAUUCCUCAAAGUCUUCAUCCCUUCCUUACUCAUCUCACACAUCGUCGCUCUUGGUCUCGGGGUGUACAUUGGGAAGAGAAUUGCCACAGCCUCCACCAGCUCCUACUGAAUAGAAGAUGAAGCAGUGCCUGGAUGUUCUCCUGUCUCCAAGUCUCUCAACCAUCCUCCUGUAGUCAAGCUGUCUCUGCAUCUAUU